AUGUCAUUCCAAUCGCUCACUGCCUCGCGAGCAGCGGUGACCUCAGCCUCACAAGCUCCAGCGCCUGCCUCUUCGGCAGCACCCGCAUCAUCUGCCGCUGCAGCGACGACCCAAGCCCGUGCUUCGUCUCAGGCCGCAGCCGCACCCGCUAGCUCAGCAGCAGCCAGCACGGCCGCCGCUGCCACAUCCGCUGCUGCACCUGCUGCUUCCACUUCAGCCGCUGCUCCAGCCGCUGCAGCGGCCUCGUCAUCCUCUAGGGCAUCCUCCUCGGCGGCAGCGUCCUCCUCAAGCGCCGCCGCAUCCUCGUCAUCAGCCGCAAUAUCCUCCUCGGCCGCCGCAUCUUCCUCUUCGGCCUCCCGGACAUCAUCCGCUUCCUCUUCUAUUGCCUCAUAUGUCGGUUCUUCCGCCCAGACCACAUCCGGCGGCAGCUCUACCCUCCCAGGAAGCACCAUCGGCGCUAUCGCUGGCGGCGUUGUCGGUGGACUCCUCUUUAUCGCCCUUGCCUUCACUUGCUGGCGGCGCAUGAAGGGGAGGAAGAACCGCGUACCGCCACCUCCUCCGAGAGACAUGGCCUUCGUACCGAGUACUGCUCGGUCCAGAGCUGUGUCUGGCGGCAUGAUGGAACAAGGCUUAGGAAUGGGCGUAGGCGGUAUACAUAGGGAGAACUCGUUUGCUACCCUCCUGCACACCAAUCCUGCUGGCCAGAUGUCCCGCAACCCCUCCUACUAUAAUACCUACCCCAUCGCCACCCCUUCCACCCUAAAUGGAUCCCCUCCCGAUACCUCCCCCGAAGUCCACCCAGUCGAAGACCCGGCGCUUCUCGGCGGUAUGGUCGGGGCCGCCAGCGCGCCCAUGAUGGCUUCCGGUUCUAGCUCGUCCAACUACGCCGGAAUUGGCGCGGGCGGAGAGGACCAGCAACGACCCGCUUCUCGGAGCAGCCGGCGUAUCUCCUCGGUCGACAGGUUGCGGAUGGAAGCGGCCACCGGUAUUCGGGGCGACCGCCCAUCCUCGCCCGCGCCCUCGGCGCUCUACUUCCCCUCACCCCAUCCUGCCCCAUAUCCCGUUCCCGAAGAUUCAGUUCCAGAAGGCAGCGUCACCCCUCCCUCGCCACCAUACCCUUACUCGCCCAGCCGAAGCUCCAGCUCGCCCAUGCUCAGCCAAGGUGGCUAUCCGAGACCAGCGAGCAUGUCGUCCCUCUCCAGUAGGGGUCACAACUACCUGCACGUGGGUCCCGCUAGGGGCGCACCGCAUCAGGGCAGACCGGUGCAGCUGGAGAUGCCCAGACUGCUCUCGGGGGGCUCGGCGGAAGGACCGACAAGUCCGUUGUCGCAGAGUGGGGAGUGGGGGAACAAGCGGUACAGCGGUGGGAUGCCUCCCGUUCACGGUAAGCCGUCCUCGCGACAAGACUUGUGUGGCCAUGCUAAUCGCCCUAGACUAUCUACCCAACCCAUACCCCUCAUCACCGCCCCAAUCUAG